AUGUUUUACUUGGAGGUGAAAAGAUUCAACUACAAGCUCACACAAACAUACUCAACUGUGACACCUUUUUUCCUGGAAUGUCUUAAGCGGCAUCAAGACGACAUUGACAAGAAAAUUAAAACCAAAGAAGAUGUUGGAAGCGUUUCAAACUUGACAGCUGAAGUGUUUGGUUUUGCAAGAAAGUGUGCUUUCCCAUGGGCCCGAUCAGAUUUUGUAUAUAUGCCACUGAAUACUGGGGGGCAUUGGGUCCUGCUAGUGUUAGCGGCGGAGUCCAAAAUAGUAUGGGUUUAUAAUUCAAAGGGAGGGAGAUCUCUUAAAGACAUUGCUGAAUAUAGUACUUGCAUCAAAUGCCUUCUACCCAAGUUAAUGGAUUUGUGUGAUGUCUACAUUAAUCAUCCUACUGGACCAAUGGGAGACAACAAGCUUGAUUUGAAGGCUGCAGAUUUUUGCCCAAAACAGAUUGAUGCUGGGAGUUGUGGUAUGUUUGUGCUUAAAAUUGCAGAGUACCUCAUGAUGGAUAUGGACAUUAGGGACAUUCGUACAGAUCAGAUGGCAGCAUAUAGGAUGAAGAUGGCUACAGAGCUAGUUCGAUUUGCAGAGUCAAAUAUGGCUGCAAAGGAGUGACUAUAAAACAUAUUGAUGUUAUUAUCUGUUCUGUGUAUUGAGCUAGUUGAAAUUUCUAUUGCUAUUUUUGCUUUGUAUGAUGAAACCUUUGGUGUAUGACAACAAUGCAUAUGGUCAGUGAUGGUCAUUGGCAUAUUGCAUUGUGACUUAGUUUCAUUCUGUGCUAGAAUUCUGUGUUUGGGUACAUGUGCCUUUGUUGUGUUUUAAAGUAAUGUGAAAGUGAAACUGUUGAAAUUGUGUUGUGUUAAACGUGUUUUUUAAAUCAAUUCUAGUGAAAUAA